AUGGCGUAUUAUGCUGCUCUUGCCUCUCUUGUGAACUUACUCGAAGAUAUAAUCCUUCAUGAUCAAUAUCCAAACUUUCUACUUGGAAAACAACCAAUCAUAAAAUCACUUCUCGAAAAGUUCAGCCUUCUCGAAGCAUCAUUACAAGAUUAUUCAUCCAAAGGGGACGAAGCCGGUGAUUGCGUGGAAGCUCGCAUAAAAGACGUGGCGUAUCGAGCACAGGAUGUUAUUGAAUCUGAGAUCUCAAAUCAGAUUGAUUUCAAACCAAAUGCAAUGGUAAAAAUAUUAUUAUACCCUCUGAUUUCUGGUUGCCAAAUUGUUUUGCAACGUCUAAGAGCAAAGAAAUGCGAAGAAGAGCUGCGUGAGGUGGAGCGACAAGUUGAUUCUAUUGUGGAGGAGGUGAAGAAGGCUGUCAUCGAGGGAAGGCGCCAGACAAGUGAAGAUUUCCAGCUAAGUCGAUAUUCUACUAGUUCUGGUGUUGCCAUACUACCGGCGGAUCCGACUCCAGGAAAUGAGGUUAUCGAGGGAUUCAAUAAAUAUCUAACCACACUUAAAGAUCAGCUCUGUCGACAUUCAUCCCAACUUCAAGUCAUUCCUAUUGUUGGAAUGGGUGGAAUAGGCAAGACCACUUUGGCGAGAGCUGCAUUUGAUGAUCAGCUAUCUGUGUAUCACUUUGAUCAUCGUGCUUGGGUAGCCGUUUCUCAAGAUUAUUGUGUAUGUGGGGUUCUUUGUAGCAUCUUAAAAUCGAUGCAUGUUAACUAUGAUGAGUUGUGCGAAAAGGACGAGGGGUUGUUAAAGGAGCGUAUAUACAAACAUUUAAUAGGUCACAGAUACCUUGUUGUAAUAGACGAUGUCUGGAGUCCAAAACUUUGGGAUGACAUAAAGCAUGCAUUCCCAGAAACCUCCAUUGGAAGUCGCAUUUUGUUAACCACAAGGUUGCUGGAUGUGGCCUAUUAUGUUUGCAGCUCCGAUUUUCUACAUGAGAUGCAACUGUUAGAUGUAAAUGCAAGCUGGAUUUUACUUCGGAGGAAGGUCUUUGGGGGAAAACGUUGCCCUCAAAAUUUGAAAAAGAUUGGGAAGCUUAUAGCAAGUAAAUGUCAAGGGCUUCCACUUGCAAUUGUUAUAAUCGCAGGUGUCCUUGUAGAUGUCCAAACACCGCAACAUUGGGAAGAGGUUUCACGGAAUGUGGGCUCUUUCUUGAGUAAAUCCGGAGAUGAACAAUUUUCCAAUAUUCUAUCUCUGAGCUACAAUAACUUAUCUCAUUUGCUCAAAGCUUGCUUAUUAUACAUUGGAAGUUUUCCGGAAGAUUAUGGUAUCAAUGUACGUAAGCUUACAUGGUUGUGGAUUGCGGAGGGGUUCUUGAAGUCGACUCAAAGAUUCCAAACACUAGAACAAGUGGCUGAGGAAUGCUUGGAGGAUCUUGUCAGAAGAAACCUUAUUAUCAUCACAAUGAAAGGUGCUAAUGGUAAAUUCAAGAGAUGUAUGAUGCACGAUCUUUUGAGAGAUUUCUGUCGACAAAGAGCUGUACAUGAAGGUUUCUUUCAUGGAUUGGACAUGGAAGAGUUUCUAAGUAGCCAGGUCAAUAAAUCUAAAGGUUUGCUUCCUCAUUCCAAGCCAGGGGAGGUAUAUGGUUCUCGUAGACUCAUCCGUACAAUUCUAUGGUUUGGAAGAUCGAACAUUGAGAAUGCUCGUGCCUUGGAAUGUCAUAACUUCAGAUUGUUGAAAACUGUGGAUUUGUCCAAUGCGAAGUUUUGUUGCGACCUACGGGUAUUCUCGAGGAUGUUUCAUCUCAAGUACAUCGCUCUGAAACCCGAGAGACAUGAACUCCUUGGUUCGCAUAUUUUCAAGCUAAAGAAUCUCCAAACCAUGGUUAUAUAUCAGCCUACUACUCCUACGUUCCUCUACUUCAAAAUACCAUCUGAUAUUUGGCAGAUGGUCCGACUAAGGCAUCUUAUAAUACCUAUCAGGACGACGCUACCGGCUUUUCCAAUGGAUGGAGACCCGCCUCUCCGGAUGCUAGAAAAUCUGCAAACGCUCAAGACACUACAGAAUUUCAUAUUCACCAAAAAGGCCGUAGAAAUGAUUCCCAACCUAAGAACAUUGGAGAUACACAUCUAUGGCGGAUCCGAUGGAAUCUGGGAGAACUAUUGCCUCCACAAUCUAAUACAUCUGCGCCGACUUGAGAAGCUGAACAUGGCAUUCACGAUUCCAUCUUGUAUUUCCAUAGGAGAUAGCUUUAUCUUUCCACAUAAUCUUAAGAAGCUAUCGUUGUCUGGCUGCCGACUCCAUUGGAUUGAUAUGAAAGCAGUCGGCUCGCUUCCCAAUCUCCAAGUGCUCAGGCUACGAAAGGGUUCAUUUGUGGGAGAAGAGUGGGAACCGAUUGAAGGGCAGUUUCUGCAGCUCAAGUUCUUACUCAUGGAGUUCUUAGAAAUAAAGCAGUGGAGAGCAGAGAGCACACACUUCCCACGCCUUCAACGCCUCAUAAUCAACUGGUGUCGAUAUUUAGAGAAGAUCCCAAUGGAACUUGGGGAGAUUCUGCCUCUCGAAUUCAUUUAUGCUUAUGGUAGCAGAAGGUCCCUAGGAGAUUCCGUAAAGCUUAUUCUAGAAGAACAACGAAGCCUGGGCAACGAUGUGCUACGAGUGCUUGUUCGUGGAUGUUUUUAUUAG